CACUGCACUGCUGCCCAUGUGUGAAGACAGCACUCUGACACCUUCCCCAUCUCUCUCUCGCGAGUCCCGAGCACCAUCGCUCGGACCUCUGCUCCGUUCCACACGCAGGGAGAGGAAGAGAUAGCUCGGUUUAGCUGAGUUCAUGGGGUGCACGCAGUCGAGGGUUGAGCAGGAGGAGGCGGUGGCGAGGUGCAAGGAACGGCGGCAGUUCAUGCGGGAUGCAGUUGCCCAGCGCAAUGCCCUGGCGGUCGCCCACUCCCUGUACGCCAUGGCUCUCAAGAACGUCGGUGCCGCUCUCAAUGACUACGGCCAGGGAGAGGUCCUCGAGGUCCGCCAGCCGCUCGCCACCUCUGCCCCCGCCGACCAUCUCCCGCCGCCCCCGCCCCCACCCCCGGAUGAGUUCCCCGGUACCCCGUUACCGCCUCCUCCGCUGCCUCCAUCGGCCCUGCGGCUUCAGAAGGCAACCAGCAUGCCAAACAUAGGCCUCCCCAAGCACCCUGUCCAUUCUGACGGCACCAUCCAAGAAGAGAAGGACGACGCUGAGGAGGGCGAUGGACUGAAGACUACCUCCGGCAGCCGCGCACCGCCUGGCGCUCCCUCCGCGGUCUCCAGGGACUCUGCCCCACCACCACUUGCACCCGCUGAGAGCAGCAAUUGGCAGGAUCAGGGUGGCGGAUGGCAAGAUUUCUUCUUCACCUUCACGGAUUCUAUGCCUGAAAUAUCCAUAAGCGAGCCCCCUCCUCGCACACCGGAGCCAGGGAAGAAAAAACCAGCUCCUCCGCCUUCGCCUUCGCCUUCGCCUUCACCCACGCCGCCACCUCUGCCUACGAAGCACGAGGAGAACGACGAACAGAAGCCAUCACAGAAGCCGGAGAGCAUUUCCGGGGAGUCGCCGGAGGAGGAGGAGGAGACUUCCGAAGCAGUCACCCCACUUCCUCCUAAAGCUGCAAAGAAGCCUAAGGAGAGUUCGCAGGUGGCAGUUGAAGGGUCGGAGGCCAAAAGGACCAGAGGCGGGAGCGGCGACCUGAUGCAAAUAUUGCACAAGCUGGAUGAGCAGUUUCUCAAGGCUUCAGAGAGCGGGCAAGCAGUUACCAAAAUGCUCGAGGCCCAUCGAUUGCAUUACCAUUCCAACUUCGCGGACGAUAAUGGAGAUAUUGAUCAUUCUGCACAAGUGAUGCGCCUUAUCACGUGGAAUCAGUCACUUAAGGAAGUGCCCAGCCCUGAUGACAGAAAGGGUGCGGUUGAUGCAAAGGAGACUGAAACCCUUGCAACUAUACUUGAUCAGUUGCUUGCUUGGGAAAAGAAACUUUAUGAUGAAGUAAAGAUUGGCGAGACUAUGAAAUUUGAAUACCAAAGGAAAAUGGCUCUGCUAAAUAAGCAAAAGAAACGUGGUGUUAGUUCAGAUGCACUUGAAAGAACUAAAGCUGCUGUAAGUCAUUUGCAUACAAGAUACAUUGUUGACAUGCAAUCCAUGGAUUCCACAGUCUCAGAGAUUUAUACUUUGCGAGAUGACCAACUGCAUCCAAAGCUUGUGGAGCUUGUUAACGGGUUGGCUGGUAUGUGGGAAAAGAUGCAUGCCAGUCAUAUGAAUCAGAAGAUGAUUGUUGACGACCUCAAACUCCUUGAUAUCUCUAAUCUUUGCACAGAGACAACCGAAGCACACCAUAAACGCACAGAACAACUGUGCAAUAUCACCAAUGAGUGGAGCAUUAAAUUCGAGAAGUUACUGCAGCAUCAGAAGGAAUUUAUCCAAACAUUGAACAGGUGGGUUCGGCUUAGCUUAAUUCCCAUAGAAAGUAGCUUGAAGGAGAAAGUUUCCUCGCCAACGAGGGUUGUUGAUCCUCCUAUUAAGGACCUUCUUAAAAAUUGGAAUGAUGAACUUGAGCAUUUGUCUCAUGAGGUGACGAAGAAUGCAAUAAUAAGUUUCUCUGCUGUUGUAAAAGCUAUUUCGGGGCAGCAAGAGGAGGAGCUAAACCAGAAGCACAAGUGCGAGGAUGCAAAGAGAGAGUACGACAAGAAGCUGCGCAGUUUCCAGGAUUGGCUGGAGAAAUACAAGCAUAAAAGAGGGCCCGAAAUCCUUGAGGGCUGCAACGAGAAGGAUCCUGUUCUAUCUGAGAAAGAAUGCCAAGUUGAACUUAGCAAGCGGAAGUGGGAUGAAGAGCUUGAAACAUACCAGAACCUCAGCAAGCAGACAAGGGAAAAGUCGUUGGCCAGUCUGAAGACAGGCUUGCCUACCCUCUUCAAUGCAAUAGCUGAAUUUUCCACCUUCUGCUCUGAAUCAUACAAGAAACUGCUUCCCCUGAUCACGUCGCCCCAGCACCCAGAGAAAACUGCAUGAUGUUGUACUAAUUUGUUGUGUAAAACUGUAAAUGACUCAUGCUAGCUUUCUAUUUGUUUGGUUGUAUAUUAUUUUGGUGGUUUUACA